UUUUAUGUCUAUCGAAAUAUACUACUGAAAAUCCGUAUGUUAAGUCUCAAUUUAAGUUUGUUAUAGUAGUGGUUUCCAGAGCAGUUUUAUAAAGCCUUCUGGUCGCACAUUCAUUGUUAAAAGUUUCGCUGCUCUUUAUUUCCUACAAUUAGAUCCAUUCCUAUGGGAACCUCGUCUUUCAUAUGACUUUUUUCACAUUUUUUAAAAUUCAUGAUCAUUGUUUCUUGCUCAACCAAUAUUUAAACGUGUAUUGUACAUAAAAUGCAAAGUGCAUUAUUGUUUUAUGUCUUUGGGAAGUUCAGUUUAUAUAUACUUCUUUAGAUGAGUUUUGAUGUAUUUCAUCAAUCAUAAUGGAAAGUCUAUAUUACACAACUUUAUAAAACUUAAACUUUAAUGGUCGACUGUGUGUUAGUUACUGAAGGUAUUUUCCUCACAUAUAUUGACAAGAAAAUAUUAGACAAAUGCACAAGAAAAUCCCAAUAUUUUAUUAACAAAAUCUCGUCCUUUCAUAGUUUGUUAAAACUGUCAUUUUUAUAUUAUUCAGGCAAUUAUUAUGUCAAUCAAACAAAGUAACUAUUUGUGUGUGUGUGUGUGUAGUUAAUGUUUAUAGAAGUUUUUAAUUACACAACUGAAUAUUUUAACUGAAUUCACCAAUACUUCAAAGUUUAGAAGUGAAGAGAAUUAGACAUGGAAGUCGACGAAGAUGAUGGGACCCGUCAAAUUUUCAGAAGUCUCCUGAAGUACAUUAAAAAAGGCAACUUCAACAAAAUUAGCAGUACCAGGGAGUACUUCAUCGAGCACUUGGAUGAACGUUCCCCCAGAUAUUACAUCACCGACUUUUGGAACAUACGGAAGAGAGUUUUGGGGAAUGACGUCUUGACAAGAGAGUGUCUGCGCAACGCCAUACAGAGGAUGACAGAGAAGGAUGUGCAAGUUAUAGCGAAGCUUUUUGAAAAGUAUAACGCCUCUUUGGUGUACUAUUUUAGAGACAAAAGUCUGUUGGAAUUGAAGUACGACAUUUUGAAAAGUAUGUUGGAAACGAGGAGUCUGUCUAGUUACUGUUUUAUUAUACAGAAGUGGUUCUUUAUAAUGCCCCUGCUGGAGGAACUUGGAAAUUUCCUCACUUGGGAUAAAGUAAUCGAACUUCGGGCUUAUUUAUUGGAUUCUGAUAGCUUGUAUAAAUUGCUUGUGGCUAUACUGUAUGAAAAUUAAAUCACAUUCCUCAUAGUUUAA